AUGGUCAAGAUCAGAUCUUCGUUGGUGGUGCUCCUGUCGCUCUGCGCCUGUUGCCUGGCCCAGUAUCAGUAUCCACAGCAGCGUCCAUCUCCAUCCCCGGGAACUGGAGCUCAGCCCACGGGUGGACAGGUGGAUAACCGCAUCCUGGGAAAUUUGCUGGGCGGCGGAGGAGGAGGUCUCCUGGGAGGUGGCGGCGGUGGCGGAGGCGGUCUCUUUCCCUUCAACCUAUUGGGCGGUCUUUUGGGCGGCAACCGACAGCCACAACCCGUGCCUCAGCCCUACCCAGUGCCAGUUCCCUACGGAGGAGGCUACGGCGGCGGAUAUCCGGGCGUCUUUGGUGGCGGCUAUACUGGAGGCUUGGGAGGCGGUUAUCCGGGUGGCGGCUUUGGCGGUGGCUUCGGCAACCCCUACGGCGGCGGAUAUUAUGGCUAA